AUGGAUCUAAAUCCUAGUCUUGCAAAUGAGGAUUUCUAUGAGAAAUAUCCAACUUACAGUUCAUUAGUGAGUUCCAUAGAGAUUCCAAAAGGUCUGAAAGCGUUUGAAGUAGUUUGCCCCAAGAGAAAGUUCACAAGAGAAGGGGAAGCCACUAAAAAUAAUUAUGAAUUAAGUGAAAGCAUUUUAUCAACAGUAACUACAUUGGGAGAAAAUGACUUAUACUCUGAUUUUAACUGUUUGAUAUGUUUUAGUAUUCUUCAGCGAACAAUGGUUGUCAAGGACUGUUUGCAUAGAUUUUGUGGAGAGUGCAUUGAAAAAUGUGUUAGAAUUGGAUUAAGAGAAUGCCCUCAAUGCAGGUUACACAUUGCAUCCAGAAGAUCUCUAAGGAACGACUCUAUUAUGGACACACUAACUUUCAGGUUGUUUCCUGAGGCUAAUGAAUUUGAAAAAAAACACCAAGAAAUACUUAUUUCAAAUAAUAUUAAGCAAUUUAAAAAUAUAUUGGAUUAUCAGAAAGAACCUGUUGAUUCAAAAUCCGAAGAUCAAGAGCCAAUCACCGAUUCAGAUUCUAAAGAUUUUGAAAUUAUUGGUGUUUUGCUUAAACCAAUAGAAGGGAAUGCUGAACAAUUUAGGCUUAAAAGUAAUAUAUUAACAUUUAAUUUGAGACUUCCAAUACAUGUAAAGGUAAACUACCUGAAGUUGUUUUUACUUGGAAAACUAAGAAAAGAAAGGCCUAACUCAAAACUGGAAGUCCAGUUUCAAAGUGUUGAGAAUUACAAGAAUCCAGAAGAAAUUCUUAAUUUAUUUGAGAAAGAUACGAGUAUAGGAGAAUUGGCAAAAAAAGACCAAGGUAAGCAGGAAUACAAAGAUAUAAUAAGCAUUUUGUUUAAGAUUAUACGUACUGAUUGA